UAAUAUUCUCUAUGAAAAAUAACGCUUGGGAAGAGAGAAUGAAAUAUAGACAUACCAGCUAGGGUAGGUAAUGUAUGGAAAACACCAUUCCUGUAAGAAUGAAGUGAGCAACUUUUUUGUAGUAGGAGCUAUACUUUAAAAAAAAAUAGAAACGUCCUAUAAGAGUUGCAAUGGCAGUAAUGUCACUGAAUGGCCAUAAGCAGAAUGUUCAGUGUUGGGGUGUAAGUAAUCUAUCUGCUUUGCCCUUUAAUACUUCAAAAAAGAGCCCCAAACUUAGAUCUUGUAGUUGGCAUGAGCAUCCACAGAAGGGAGGCAGAAGAGAAUAAAUAAUGAAAUCUGUUGCAAUACAAAUUCCCUUUUGUAUGUAUAUUCCAGUCAUUCUUCCUAUAUUCUUUUAAUUUAUUCCUUUAUCUGCUGGUGGUAAAAACGUAAUUACUUGGUGAAGCAAAUUCUAAUUGCUGACAAUAUACCUGGUUGUUUUCAUUUUUUUAAAAAAAACCCAUGUGUACUUGCUACUUUACCUUUCAGAAAUGUCUUAGUGACUUAGCAACUUAAAGCAAAAACUGUUAUUGUUUAGUCAUAGUUAUUUCCUUUAUGUUCCUUACCAUAUUUUAUUGUUAGAUUAAUUAUAUGUAAGUGACAAGAAUCACAGUAUACAUAAAAAAGUGUGCCUUGAAUAGUAUCUGAAGCUCUGGUUGGCUGCAAGUCCAAUGGUGUAGUUAGAAAACCUUCCCCUGAGAGUUGAGAGGAUCCCCUGAUACUGGUUGUGUCUGAAGUUAGAAUUGAUACAAAUCAUAAUAAUUGUCUGCACUUUUGGUGAUUUUCCCCUUUAACACCUGUGCAACAGCAGAUUUUUUGGAGAGGAAGAAAGACUAAGAUAUUUCCUGCUAACCAUAACCACUUUUAAUAUCCCCAUAUGUAUAUUUUUAUAAAUAUUUUAUUAGAUUUUAUAGGGUAGGGAAAGGAUAGGGUAAAUAAGGAUAUGGGGAAGGGUGGGAAUAUCCCCAUAUUAAUGGUUUGUUAUACCAGGGCUUUUCAACCGGUGGUACUAGUGGUACGCGACCACCUGGCUGGUGGUACGCGGUGUCGCCUUCCCACUGCGGCGUCGGCUUCCUCCCCCCCUCCCCAGUUCACCUGCUUGUUCAAAUUGAAAACAUGCUGCUUGGCGACGGCCGGCAGGAACCCUACUGAGGGCGCGCGAAGAGCGCAGGCGCAGAGUGAAGCCCCGCCUUCCCCAGGGACUCAUGUAGGAUCCGUGUCGCCCUUCCCCCCUUCUUACUUCAGAAGCAAGUGCGAGCCUGAAGGGGACAGAGCCAUCCACUUGCAGGAACACCAUUUGCAAAGAGCAAUCUCAGCACAGCAAGUCUUCAGAGAAAAGAAAGAGAAUAUGGUUAUUCCAGUUCCUGAAGCAGAAAGUAAUGUCAACUAUUACAGUCGUCUGUACAAAGGAGAAUUUAAACAGCCAAAGCAGUUCAUUCAUAUUCAACCCUUUAAUCUGGACAAUGAACAACCUGAUUAUGAUAUGGACUCAGAAGAUGAAACUUUAUUAAAUCGGCUUAAUCGGAAGAUGGAAAUCAAACCACUGCAAUUUGAAAUUAUGAUAGACAGGCUUGAAAAAGCUAGUUCUAAUCAGCUUGUAACACUUCAGGAAGCUAAAUUGCUGCUAAAUGAGGAUGAUUAUCUUAUUAAGGCUGUCUAUGACUACUGGGUAAGGAAACGUAAGAACUGCCGAGGGCCAUCCCUCAUCCCCCAAAUCAAACAAGAGAAAAGAGAUGGUUCUACCAACAAUGAUCCCUAUGUGGCUUUUCGGAGGAGAACUGAGAAAAUGCAGACAAGAAAGAAUCGAAAAAAUGAUGAAGCCUCUUAUGAGAAGAUGCUGAAACUAAGACGAGAGUUCAGUAGAGCCAUAACCAUUUUAGAGAUGAUUAAGAGACGAGAGAAAACAAAACGAGAGUUACUACAUUUGACAUUAGAAGUUGUAGAGAAAAGAUAUCAUUUGGGUGAUUAUGGAGGAGAAAUACUUAAUGAAGUUAAGCUUAAUUCAACUGAGAAAGAGAUGAACACCACUCCUGCAGCACUUCAUAAUGGAAAUCAUCACAAAGUUCAAGAAUGUAAAGUUAAGCAUGCUCACCAUUCAUCUCUAAAAGAGGAAGUGUCUGAUGUUGUCCGUCAAAAGAAGAAAUAUCCAAAGAAGCCUAAACUUGAGAGUGUAAUAAAUCCUCCGCAGUCUACUACUGAGCCCUUGCCUGUGAUCAGUAAAAGUGAUAUCAAACAAUAUGACUUCCACAGUUCAGAUGAAGAUGAAUUCCCCCAGGUAUCCUCACCAAUAUCUGAGCCAGAAGAAGAAAAUGAUCCUGAUGGAGCCUGUGCAUUCAGAAGAAGAGCAGGAUGCCAAUAUUAUGCUGCUCAUUUGGACCAAACUAAUUAUUCUCAUGAAAAUUCAGAACUGGCAGAAUUGGAUAAGCUAAGAUACAGACAUUGUCUCACAACGCUUACAGUUCCAAGAAGAUGUAUAGGAUUUGCAAGGAGACGAGUUGGAAGAGGUGGAAGGGUACUAAUGGACCGGAUAGGCACAGAAAAUGAUCCUGUCCUGAAGCAGAUUGAUCCAGAUAUGCUGAAUAGUUGUUCGAGCUCUUCCCAAAAUAUAGACAUUUCUUCUAAUUUUUCACGGACCAAUGCUUCCAAUAAACAUUGUGGAAAUAAACUUUCCCUUUCUGAAAUACUAAGCAAUAUCAGGUCAUGUCGACUGCAGUGUUUCCAACCAAGGCUACUAAACGUACAGGACAGCGAUAGUGAAGAAUGUACCUCAAGGAAACCAGGGCAGGCUGUGAAUAAUAAAAGAGUUUCUGCACCUUCUGUAGCUUUAUUGAACACCAGCAAGAAUGGGAUUUCAGUAACUGGGGGUAUUACAGAAGAACAAUUUCAGACACAUCAACAGCAGUUAGUUCAAAUGCAAAGGCAGCAACUGGCUCAGCUCCAACAGAAACAGCAGUCUCAGCAUCAAUCCCAACAGACAUAUCCAAAAGCACAGGGCUCAAGCACUUCUGACUGCAUGUCAAAAACGCUUGACUCGGCCAGUGCCCAUUUUGCUGCAUCUGCAGUGGUGAGCGCACCCGCUCCCAAUCGGGGUGAGGCGACAAAGGAACAGAGUGCCAGCCACAAUAUCAACGGUGUUGUUCAGCCAACAGCAACAUCAAAAACUUUGUAUUCCACCAAUAUGGCUCUGUCAUCUAGCCCAGGGAUCUCAGCUGUACAACUUGUAAGGACAGUCGGUCACACCACCACAAACCAUUUAAUCCCAGCAUUGUGCACAAACAGCUCUCAGACACUUCCUAUGAACAAUUCUUGUCUCACCAAUGCAGUGCACCUCAACAAUGUCAGUGUUGUUUCUCCAGUCAAUGUACAUAUCAAUGCAAGGACUUCAGCACCAUCGCCAACCGCCUUAAAACUUGCCACAGUUGCUGCCAGUAUGGAUAGAGUGCCAAAGGUGACUCCAAGCAGUGCCAUCAGCAGCAUAGCAAGAGAGAACCAUGAACCCGAAAGAUUGGGUUUGAAUGGAAUAGCAGAGACGACAGUAGCAAUGGAGGUGACAUAACCUAGCAUAGUAGCUCAAUGUGUGCUGAUGGUGUCAUUUAUAUUCCAGCUGAAUGCAAAACAAAACUCUGUGGAUCACAGGGGAUUAAAAUGGACCUAAACGGACUAUCAUAUCGUAUAUUAAGUCGAUAUAUAAUGUACAUUUUGUAAAAUUGGGAAAAUCACUACCUUGUAAAAUAGUUUAUUUGUAUCAUCAAUAUUAUUUCUGUUACUUGAAUAGUAGAUAUUCAUCAUCAUGCUUUUGCACUUGAAUUUGCAACUGAAUGGAUUUAAAAAUAAUUCUUUAAAUGGGAUCAUGAGCAUGAAAUGGGAUCCUGCAUCACUUGUUUUAACUAUUUAUUUUGCCAUGUUUACAUUUUGUAUCUUGUAAAAAAAUAAAUCCAACUUUGUGUCUAAAAAAAAAAGUUAAAGAUUCAUAGCUAGGAAAAAUUCUUGUAAUUUUUUUCUAAAGGAAAUGUAAAGUUUUCACUUGGUUCAUUUUGUUUCACAAUUUUAGAUGGACUUUUUGGUAAAUACUUUAGUGGCAUUUCACUGUCAAAUAUGAAGUUCAAGGCAAAAUAGUAUUUUCUAUUACUGUGCAGGGGAAAGGGAUGGAUCGAUACAUGCAAAUUUAAUGUAGUAACCCACUUUUCCAUAUAUUUUGAAUGUAUAUUUCUAUUUAUAAUACCAAUUUAUAAAAAAUAAUUACACAGAAAACCUGACUAGUACAAAUUAUGCAUCUAGCACAUAUUAAACUGUGCAGAUAUGAAGAAAAUUUUCAACUGAUUAUAUUUUAUCUGAAGUCUGCAUAAUUUAACCGGCUUUUAACUGUAACACACCACAUAAAUGAUAUUUUACCAGGUAUGUAUUGCAUUAUAUAUCAUUGCAAUAAUUAUUGGAUGUCUAGAUAUCGAGCCAUCCCAGGUAAUGGGGGAGGGGGGAGGGUCAUGGCAGAUUGUCUUUCAAUUUUGGAAAGUUUUCCUGUGGCUACAAGGCAAGUAACGGGUUGGAAAAAGUCUGACUGUAAGCGUUGGACACCUUCGUAGUGUAGUGUUUUAGUGACUUUUUUUAUACGGUUCUUGUAAAUUAGAUAUGUGUAGUGGUGUUUCAGAAUGUUUGUUUAUGCACUAGUUCAGACAACUUUCCCUGUUACUUGUUCUUGAUAAGUGAAAACUGCAGGGAAAUAAAAAUACAUAUCAAAACAUG